AUGACUAACCUAUUAGCGUCACUCAAGUGCACAGACGAGGUCCACUUAAUCAUUGGAGCUUCUAAUGUGGCGUCUUUAAGAAUAAACUCGAUACUUGAAGCGGGUGCUAAACCGGUACUUAUAUCGAACCAAGCAUCUGAAAAAUUUCCAAAAUCAAUACAGGACAACAUAACUAAAGGGAAUUUGAAGCAUAUGGAGAAGGAGUAUGAAAGUGGAGAUCUCUCGAGUUUAGGAAGAAGUGAGGUUGAUAACAUUGUGGAUAGGGUAUUUGUGACUUUGCCUAUCUCGCAGUACGAAGCUAAGAAAGAGAUUUACCAAUCAUGUCGUAAAUUAAGGAUCCCAGUAAAUGUUUCAGAUUCUCCGGAAUUUUGUACGUUUUCGUUAUUAUCUACAUUUACAUCUGGGGACUUCCAAAUGGGAGUGAGCACUCUGGGAAAAGGAUGUAAAUUAGCUGCUAGAAUCAAGAGAGAGUUGAGCCAUACGUUACCAGGUAAUAUUGGAAGCAUCUGUAAUAAAAUAGGGGAAUUGAGAACAAGGAUACAAGAAGAAGACAAAUUGGAGCUAGAAAGAAUGCAGAGUGAUAUUGAUUCGAUUGGUGAGCACGAUGAUGAUGCGAUAACCACCAGCAAGUUGAACUCUUUGGUUGAGGAAUUUAAUAUGACUAGAGAGCAGAGAAAGUUGCAAAGGACGAGAUGGCUUUCACAGAUCGUUGAAUAUUUCCCCUUGACUACGUUAGCAGACUUAUCGUUGGAAGAUUUGAGUGUGGCAUAUAAGGAAUACAAUUCGAUAGUGAAAACCGAGACAGAGCCAAAGGAACCAACCCACAAAAAGUUAAAGACCGGCAAGAAAGGAUCUAUAUCAUUAGUUGGAUCAGGGCCAGGGUCAAUAUCGCUUUUAACGCUCGGAGCGUUACAGGAAAUUCAUUCUGCAGAUUUAAUUCUUGCUGAUAAAUUGGUACCUCAACAGGUGCUCGAUCUUAUACCUAAACAUAGAACCAAAUUAUUUAUCGCCCGUAAAUUUCCAGGAAACGCCGAGAGGGCUCAAAAGGAGUUAUUAGAUAUGGGACUUGAAAGCUUAAUGAAAAAUGAAAAAGUUGUCAGAUUGAAACAAGGUGAUCCAUAUAUUUUCGGUCGUGGUGGUGAAGAGUUCAACUUCUUUGCUGAACAUGGAUUUACACCACUAGUUUUACCAGGAAUCACCUCUGCAUUGGCAGCACCAGUAUUGACAAAUAUACCAGCUACACACCGUGAUGUAGCCGAUCAAGUAUUGAUAUGUACCGGUACGGGCCGUCGUGGUACUUUACCAAACCUUCCAGAAUUCAUCAAAUCCAGAACAACCGUGUUUUUGAUGGCAUUGCAUAGAGUUGUUGAUUUAAUUCCAAAGUUGAUCGAUGAUAAAAAUUGGGAUCCUAACUUACCAGCUGCAAUUAUCGAGAGAGCCUCGUGUCCCGAUCAGCGUAUUGUCAGAACAACGUUAAGUAACGUGGCUCAAGCAGCCGAAGCGUGCGGAUCAAGACCCCCAGGAUUACUUGUUACUGGCUAUGCCUGUGAAGUCAUAGCUAAACCUAAUACGGAUGAAAAAUGGGUUAUCGAAGAAGGGUGUGCAUCUGCUAGUAAUCCACUUUUAGAACCAUUUCUCCAAUUGGCUGGAUCUAUAGGAAAGGAUAAGCUGCAAGUUCUGCAACAACAAGCAUUAUCUUUAUAA